CAAGAGGCGCGUUCCGGAGGAGCGGCCCGCAAGCUGAAGCGCUGAACACUCGCCGACACGGGAGAGUGAGGUCGCCUUCACAGCAGAACCUUACCGGCCUCACCGACACACUACCAUAUCGACUAAGGACGCAGGUGGCCUCACUAUUCUAGUAUCCGUGUCGAACGAGAGUCGACGCAGACUGGCACAAAGUCCACGGCAGCAAGGCGAUGCAUAUGCCGGUGGUGAUCGUUUCACUGGCAGCACACCGCCUUCUGUCAUGCACCCUCAUGCACCAAGGCGCACCGUAUAUAAUGCCGCUCGAAGCAUGGAUGCACCCCAGUGUCGACGCUGAGCGCACACCUGGUUCUUCCUCCGGCUAUUAUUCCUCUUUCGCUUCUUCACGAGUUUCUAUCGACGUCAUUGCUUGCAGUGAUCAUGUUUGCCAACACAUUCGUUCAUGUCAUCUUGCUGCUUGCUUUGGUCAACAGCGUUGCUGCGGCCCCCAUCCUCAGACGUCAGGUCGACUUCGCAGGUGAUCGUCAUGGAUUGAUGAAGAGAAACGUGCCCACGCCGAGGGUGGACCUCACUGGUCCAGCCAGACGCCAAGACGCCUCCGUGGGUUCUGGUCCGAGCUCUGGCGGCGCGUUCGGCGACAUUGGGGGUGUACAGGGAAUUCAAAACUUGGAGGAUCAGCUUAUGUCCAUCGUGCCAUCUACACUGGCACCUAGUAUCUCGCAGUUCUUUGCCGAAGCAUCGUCAUUGGCGGCUGCGACCCCUACAGCCGGAGGCGCGAGUGCAGGUCCCACGGGUGCAUCCAGCUCGGAUGGUUCGCUUGGUGCGACUCCUACGAAUCCAUCGUCAAGCACAGACGAUUCAUCUAGCGUGAAUCCUACGAGUUCAUCUUCUGGCACAGAUACCUCCGGCCCAUCCUCUCUACCCACUGACAGUGCCAGUGGUGACGCCAGUGCUACGGACUCUGCUUCUGCCGCGGGGGCCACAGGUGCUUCUACAGACCCCACGAGCUCGGGCGGCCCUGAUGCAUCGUCGUCCACGGAUGGCGUCAGCGACCCGACCGCUACAUCGGGCAGCUCAGGCGAUGCAACAGGAGCUUCGGGAUCCUCGAACCCUGCAGACGCGUCUUCAAGUGCGACGACAUCUGAUAGCUCUGCCGGUUCCAUGCCCACGGGAACGUCCUCGGAUGAUCCUGCCAGUGCAUCGGCUGGCUCUUCACCCAGCGAUUCUGGCAGUCCCACUUGCGCAAUGCCCAGCUCCUCGGGCUCAUCUAGCGGAACCAAUCCUAGUGGCAGUUCGUCCGACCCGUCCGCUACUGACUCGUCGUCAACGCCCUCGGGCACUGGUUCCACAGGCGAGGCCAGCGGUGAUGGCUCGAAUUCUGCUACGUCCGCGUCCGACCCGUCCGCCACUGACUCGGCAUCAACUUCCACAUCAUCCGACCCGUCUAUCACUGACUCAGCGUCGAUACCUUCCGGUACCGGCUCUGAUGGCUCUGCCACUUCUUCUGCAUCCGACCCAACCAGUACCGGUGGUAUGGAUUCGAUCGGCUUGGGCGAUGGUUCGAGUUCGACGGCCUCGACGGAUUCCUCUUCUACCGCAGAUGCGUCUUCCACGGCAACGCCUGACAAUGGCAUGCCAUCAGGUGAUGCCUCGAGCGGUUCAACUACUGCGAGCUCGAAAGGGAACCCAAGCAUGCCAACGGACGGUUCGGCCAGUGGUGAUGGCUCAUCGACCUCGACUGGCGCCGAUUCUAAUCCAUCUGCUGCCACGGGCGCUACAGACCCGUCUGCAGCCACGCCCGCUUCCGGUGAUGCCAUUCAGAACGCCGAAGCCGUAAUGGCGUCGUUGGUGCAGAUGGUGAAUCCGACUGACCAAGCGAAGGCGUCACAAAUGGUGGCCUCCGCUACUCAAGCCCUCGGCUCUGGUACGGCGGCUGCCACUGGUAUGACUACCCUUGCCGCCCGCCGCCCCGCUCCUCCCAUGGCCACCUUCUUGCCGAGAACCAACGGCGCGUUCAGCGACCACUUGACGAUGUCCAAGGCUACGCUCACGAGUUUCGCUGUCUUACUGGGCAGCGCGCUCGUGGGUGGCCUGACCGUCGUCUGAACAUGGAUCCUGCUGCAACAAUUUGAUGACACGAAUGACGACUUCAUCGUGGCUGCGCUGCGACUCAUGAUCUAAUUUAUUAAACGCCGUCUACUCGGCACCCGUUCUUUGCUCGUACUAUGUAUCCAUAGCGGACUGUCAAUCAUGGCAGCCUCGAAUGAUCAUCUAGUAUUGUUGUACCUUGUGAA